AUGGCUGAAUCUCAGCAGAGCCAGGAGGUCAGCGCAGGAAACACGCAUUGCCCCAAAGCUGGUUUUGAGAAUGACCAUGACCAGACUGCACAAGAAAUAUCAGUGAAUGAAGUGCCAGAGAAUGAAGCUCUUUCUCCCACAUGUGUCACAGACAAGAUACUUUUUGUUGAUUUAUCCAAUGAGGAACUGCAAAUCAUCUUGCCAGAGGUCUUGAGACUAGAAUAUCUGGAAGAGCUUCACGUGGAAAAGAACCAGAUUGUAAGCAUCCCCAGAGACAUCAAUCACCUGAGGCACUUAAAGAUUCUCUACUUGGAUCAGAAUCACAUACAGGACAUAUGUGAAGAACUGGGGGACCUGAAAUGUCUUCUGAACUUAGAUUUAAGUAACAACCCCCUGUCUUGUAGUUCACUGCCAGUUACCAGCAAGUUGCAGUCCCUUCUUCAGCUCAGGCUCUAUAAAACGAACUUACACGAAAUCCCAGUGCAGAUCUGUGAAUGCCUCCAUCAUGUUGAACUGCUUGGCCUUUCUGAAAAUAACCUCAUGUGUUUGCCUAAAGAAAUAGCGAACCUGAAAAAACUCAAGGAAAUUUACCUCCAAAAAAAUAGAUUUGAAAGUUUUCCCAAGGACCUUUGUCAUAUUGCUAAUUUAGAAAUAAUAGAUCUGGAACAAAAUCUAAUCAGUCUCAUCCCAGAAGAGGUAGGCUUUUUGACAAACUUAGUUAAGCUAUUUUUAGCUUUUAAUAACUUAUCCUCCAUUCCUCCUACACUGCAACACUGCCAGAAGCUGGCUGUGCUGGAUCUGUCUCAUAACCUCCUGCACAAGCUUCCCUCAGUUUUAAAGAAUCUCACUGAAAUGAGAGUACUCAAACUAUCUGCUAACAGCCUGGAGAAGUUCCCACAUCAGAUCUGCUGCUGGCCGUCCCUUUCCUGUGUUUAUCUGAGGAACACUGGGCUGCACAGAGUACCCAAGGCCUUCACCAGAUUAACCAGUGUCAGGAUACUAGAUCUGAGUGAAAACCGCUUUGAUAAGAUUCCUAAAGGAAUAUGCACUAUGAAAACUCUGGAAGUAUUGGCCCUGGAUGACAAUCAGAUACAGGAGAUACCUGCGGAGGUGAAAGAACCGACAAAUUUGAAAUGUCUUAGCCUGUCUGAAAACCAAUUCAGAAUCUUUCCAAAGGAAAUCUUUCUCCUGGAGACAUUAGAGAGUUUAUACCUGGGACAAGAUAAAGGAAUUAAAUUCACAAGUCUGCCAGAAGACAUCAGCAAAUUGCAGAAUCUGAAAGAACUACACAUGGAGAAUAAUUGUCUGGAGUACUUGCCUGCAGCCAUCAGUUCAUUGACGCACUUGAAAAUACUUGACUGUCACAACAAUCUCCUUAACCAGCUCCCAGACUCUGUAUGCCAACUACAAGGUUUGCAAAAACUGCUCAUUCAGAGCAACCACCUGUCCCAGCUGCCUGAGGAUUUGGACAGUCUUCAGCAGCUGAAGCUGGUCCUUGUGGAUGGGAACCCUAUGACAGAUCCUCCAACUGAAGUGUGCUGCCAGGGGACAUCUUGCAUCUGGGAAUACUUACAGGAAAAAAGGCAUAAAAAGGCCGUGAAGGCAAAGAUCCAAAGGUUGUGGCUGAAGGCAAAGAGUAACAGAGAUAAGGAUAAUUCGGAGACAGUCAAGGAGGAAAUCACUGGAAGACAGAGAUUUCCAGGAAGACUGGCAGAUAAACAAGACAUUUAA